AUGUCCCUUGCUUUCUCGACGUCAGGCACAUGGACUGAGCUCAGUGUAAUAAUGAUCUUCAGAAGUUCUUUGUUCACGCAUUUCACUAAAGAGAUUUCGAUUAACCUCAGGACAUCGAGUAUCGUGGAUUUCCCCUUGCCCUCCAGUCCGGUGAAGACAACAAAAGGUAGUGCAUCGCCCAUUAGUAUCAAGCGAACAAGCGCCAAGAUACCCUACUUUGUUGCCUUCAAGCUAAAGAAGACAAGAUUCCAAGUGAAGUGA